AUGAAGCAACCAAGCUCCUCAAUCUUGAUAGGCAAAUCUCUGGACUUGAAUGAGCCAUUCUCAAAUGACCGUUUUAUCUGCAGCUUCCAGGCAAAGGACCAGGCUUUGUUAGAUUGUGUAAGGUCCCACGUGGAGCCUCACCCGCUUGGCUCAAGGCUGCCAGAAGCUCGCCGGGCGACCCUGCUCACUGUACCCACAUUAAUGGCGGCUUCUUCCGAAGAGGACAUAGACAGGAGACCCAUCCGGAGAGUUCGGUCCAAGAGUGACACGCCUUACCUAGCCGAGGCCAGGAUCUCCUUCAAUCUCGAAGCAGCUGAGGAAGUGGAGAGACUGGCUGCAAUGCGUUCGGACUCAUUGGUUCCAGGGACACACACCCCUCCCAUAAGGAGGAGAAGUAAGUUUGCCAAUCUAGGAAGACUUUUCAAGCCAUGGAAAUGGAGGAAGAAGAAGAGUGAAAAGUUCAAGCACACAUCAGCAGCACUCGAAAGAAAAAUAUCAAUGAGGCAAAGCAGAGAGGAACUUAUCAAGAGAGGAGUUCUGAAGGAAAUAUAUGACAAAGAUGGAGAGCUUCCAAUACAGAAUGAAGAAGGAUCAUUGGAGAAUGGACAGACGUUAAGUUCCAGCCAAAUACCACUGCCAGCCCUAUCUGAAUUGGAGCCAUGUUCAAUAUCUGGGGAUUCCUGUAGUUAUGAAAUACUCCCAAAUCCAGAGGUCAUGGAUGGAACAG